AAGAAAAACAUAAACAAAAAGGGAAUAUGAAAAGAAAAUUUCUUGGCAACUCCAACGUGUCCAGCGCCUCUGGACUCGUAUAUAUGUAUGUUGGGAUUCAUCGCCGCAGAAUAUAUCCCAAAUAUAUUUUGAGAUUCAUAUCCGAACCUACUUUUGCCGUCGUGACUGGUUCGAACUCCAACACCAGAACCGUUCUGACCUAAGCCUGCCCUGCCCUUUAUAUUAUUUAUAUACACGUCGUUCCGGCAAGUCACGCAGCCGCGCAACAACCAGAGCAACACCAGCUCGAUCGUGACCUGGACGAAACUGUGGUGGCCGGCGGCGACGAUUAAUUCCAGGGGGAAGAGGAUGCAGAUCCCCGUGGACCUGAUCACGGGGGCCACGUUGACGCUGGAAGUGGAGCCGUCGGACACGGUGGAGAGCGUGAAGGCGAAGAUCAAGGCCAUGUCGGGGAUCACUGAGGACUUCGGGUUGGCGUACGACGGAAAGCAGAUGGAUGAGGCCGACGGUCAUCGCACGCUGGCCGACUACGGCAUCCGCGACCCCGCUACGGAGAUGCAGAUCUUAGUGAGCGGGCUCAGGGGGAACACCUGGACGCUGUGGGUGGAGCCGUCGGACACGGUGGAGAGCGUCAAGCUACAGCUCCAGGAGAAGGACGGGCUGCCGCCGUGCCAGCAGCGGCUGAUCUUCGAGGGGAGGCAGCUCGACGACGGCGACACGGUGGCCUCCUGCGGCAUCCGCAAGCACUCGUACCUGAACCUCUGCGGCCGCCUCGCCAGCUGCGACUGCAUCCGCACGCACAUGGAGGCGCAGAAACUGAUCCAAGAGCAUCAUCAAACCCUAACGACUCGACCUGCUGCUACGGAUGAGAUGCAGAUCUUCGUGAGAGUGCUCGGGGGGAAGAAGGCGACGGCGCUGAAGGUGCAGCCGUCGGACACGGUGGGAAGCGUGAAGGUGAAGCUGUACUACAGGAAGAAGAAGAAGACCAUGCCGUGCAAGCAACGGCUGGUUUUCUCCGGUAUGGAGCUUGCGGACGACCGCACGCUGGCCUCCUACGGCAUCGAGGAGGAGUCGACGUUGUACCUUUGCGUACGUCUCGAAAGUUGUAUCUGUAGCUGCAGAUAUCUCAAGUCAUGGAUACAAAAUUAAAGGCACCAGAUAGCUCACCCAUCAAUCACGCAGUAAUUGCAAUGGUAAAGUAAGGUAUUCUUUAUAAAACAUGUACAUCUCAGCAAUAGACUAGAUUAACAGUAAACCACCUGAUCAAUAGUAUGUCUACAUGGGUAUCUAUAGCUCUCUAAUCCAUUGCCUCGUUUUUCUCUAUAGACUAUCUUCAGUUUAGUAGAUAGCUUUACUCUCUCUCUUUAUUUAAUCUCUUCUAAGUAGAAAAAUAUACCGACAUGAAUCUCUCAUAGAGAGCCAUAGAUAACUAUUGUGGGUGCUCUUAGUUAGCGCUUAAUUUCUUUCAUUGUUCGAGUCGAUCAAUUAAUUAGUUGCUCGUUAUUUCUGGUAUUAUGGUUCCGGCCGUGUCCUGAUCUUGUACUGGCCUUGAAUUCUGGUGAUGUUUUGCUUGUUUAGUAGUAGUAGUACUCUGCAGAAAUUCUUCCAAAGAACAGUGUGUAAUCAGAGUGUUCUAUGUCUUACCACUUACCAUAUGUUGUUUAAAUGUUUAUUAGUCGAUGCCAAUAAUAAUCAUCUAGAUAAUCGAAGACGAUGUAUCGUGGCGAAGGGCAGGAACCCAAGACCUCGCGGGGUUGCAACCUUUGGGAGAGUGAUUUUUCUGGAGCUUUCUUUUGCCGACAUUGGCUCUAUUUGAUCAUGUCCUAUACAUAUUUUUUCUGAGGCCCAACCAUUAGCUCUACUCUAUCAAUAUGGCUGUGUUCUACUGGUGGGGAAAUGUCUUUUACUCCCGGUUGGUAACCAACCAGUACUAAGAAUCCAAGACUAAAGAUCGCUAUCUUUAGUCCCGGUUCAAAUACCUGGGAUUAAAGAUCCUCGGUUAGUAACACCAACCGGGAGUAAAGAGGAAAAUCUUUGGUCCCGGUUGGUGAGGCUAGCGCCACGUCUCUGGUUCCUAUCCUUUUUUUUUUUCAUUAUUCUUUGCAUAUUGAUUUCACACCAAUCUCACCAAAAUCAUAAAAUCAUCACACAUUUCAA